AUGCGCUUCACUCGCCAAAACCACCUCGCCUUCGCAGUCCUUAUUGGCGCUGCGGGCGCGUUCUACAAGCCACCCGCCUUCGAUCUUGAUGCGUACACCCCGGCCUCGGCUCUGAGACAGGCAAAUGACAUUGACACCUCGACCUCGAACACCACGGUACUUCCAAUGGACAACAACACGGCGAGCGCAACUGGGGAUGGCUGGGAGGAGUCUCUGGGCGCGCGGGACGUCUGGACUCCUGCGAUCACGACCCCGGACGCGGCCACGGUGUGGAAAGCUGGUGACACGGUCACGGUGAGAUGGAGAACGGCGCAUCCGCCGAAGCACGUCACAAGCUACGCCGGCAAGCUCGUGCUGGGGCAUCUCGAAGAUGGCGACGACGGGAACGAGCACCUCGAUUUCGUCACCACUACUCGCGAGCAAGUAGAAGCAGGCAUGGCCAGAAUCACAGAUCCUAGCGAAACACCUAUCUUUAUAUGCGCGUACAAGGGCUGCUGCCGUCUUUUCCCAUCCAAGCAGCGCGUCAUAGCUCACCGCAAGCGGGAUCACGACUCGGAAGACUUGGAUGCCAUCAUCACCUGGAACACACUCGAGUCUGCGUAA